CUCCCUUUUGUGACCCCACCGGAGAAAGCCCUUCGCUGCGUCCAUCCGUGGAAGGGAACGGAAAGGGGGAAGAAGAGCUGCAGCGAGCGACGAGGGCAUCGCCGCCUCCGCCGCCGCCGCGCGCGACGGUUUAUCCCGUCCCCGAUCCGAUCGUCGCCGGGGCUCCUCCUCCUCCACCCUCGCCGCGGGCAAUAUUUGGAACCCCCCAGGGAAGUAUCUCUCACCGCCGAUCGCCUCUCAUGCCGUGCUGAGUGGAGCGCCUACCGAAUCCCUACCCCCACCCGCCGCCGCCGCAGCAGCUCGUGCCGUAUCCUGUUUACAGCGGUUUGUGGGUGAUGGCUUCCAACGCCGACCAGCACGCGGCGGCGAACGGUGGUGGGGGGACGACGCCGGCUGCGACCGGUAGCCCCCCUGCCGGGAAGAAGGCGGCGGCCGCUGCAGCGUGGAAGAGGCCGGGGAACGGGGCGGCGGUGCCGGUCGUGGUGGCGCCUGGGAGCCCCAUCAUGGACGCCGACUCAUGGCCGGCGCUGCCCGGGCUGGCGUCUCCGCCGCCGACGACGCUGACGCCGACGCCGAUGCCGCCCAAGGCAUCGCCCAAGGUGGCUCCUCUACCGCCACCCGCUGAGGCGGUGAUCCCACCGAUCUCCUUGGGGAAUUCCGGCGCUCCGGAUGCUAAUCCUGAUCACGAAGCACCGGUGCGGAAUCCGCCGGCUAGGCGUGCCCUGGUGAUGCCUGUGGGGGAUGGGCUGGACAAGCGUGCCCCUGGCUCAGAGCCAUCCCCAGUCUACACCCCUAAUGCCAGGAGCAAUGGAGGCGGUGAUCACCACCAGAAUGGUCGAUAUGGUUCCCAUCCCCAUAGCCGAGGUAGUGGCUAUGGUGGUGGGGGGAACAGGAGGGGCAAUGGUGGAGGUGGAGGUGGAGGUCGCCGUGGACAGGAGCACCAUGGUGGUUUUGAUGGGCAACGCCGUGGCGGUGGCCGCAGGGACGGCCAUGGGCCUGGACACCAGCAGCGCGGCCACCAUCCAUCUUACAUAAGGGCUCCUCUGGCUGUUGUGACUGCGGCGCCUCCUCCACCACCACCAUUUGUUAACCCUGCUACUCCACAAACACCACCUUAUGGAGCUCCCAUAGGCUUCCCUGCAGAGAUAGCACCUCAUGUCUACUAUUUUACGUCUCCCCUGGAAGGUGUUCAAGCACUGCCUUUUGUGCCUCACCCAGCAAGCCCUCCAGCUAUGUUAAUUCCUCAAUUUGAUCCUCUUCGAGCGGAGCUGCUGAAGCAGAUAGAGUACUACUUUAGUGAUGACAAUUUGUGCAAAGACAUAUUCUUGAGGCGGCAUAUGGAUGACCAGGGUUGGGUGCCAUUACCCCUGAUUGCAGGAUUUAAUCAGGUAAAAAAGCUGACUAAUAACGUGCAGUUUAUCUUGGAAACAGUUCUGCAAUCUACCGUGGUUGAAGUACAGGGUGACAAAUUGCGGAAGCGUGAAAGAUGGGAGAUCUGGUUGCUUCCAAAACAAGGUUAUUCUGCUGGAAAUUCUUCUGGUUCGCUGUCCCCUGUGACAUCCAACAUUGAUUCACUGGCAUCUCAGUUUCAAUCUGUUGGACUUGAGGGGGCAGGCUACCAUGCAAGUCAAGGAAUGCCCGGUGAAGCUCUCCUUACUAGGUCAGCAACUUCAGUUAGUCUAGGUUAUCAGGCACCCCCCUUGGGAGGGUUAUACAGCAACGGGAGUGGACCACUUUUUGGGCAGAAGUCUGCAAGAAGUUUACUCCGGAGCGAUACCUUUUGAGGUUUUACACAAGAAAGAUUACAACGGCAUGCCGAGUUUUCUCUGGUUACGGCACGCGUACCUCAUCUACUGGGGUGAGGAGUGAGGACUAAAAUCCAGUUGAUUUGGAAGAAAACAACCAAAAAAAGGAAAUAAAACAUACAAAAAAGAGAGAUAGAAAUACCCAAAAAAAUAUAAAAAUAUAAAAACCAAAAAAAUCGAAAAACUUAAAAACAAGAGGAAAAAACAUAGUAGGUAGUAUUAUGUGCAGGACUUAUGUAUUUUGUGGUUGUGCUCUUGCUGGGACGUGAGUACGUGACAUUACCUGUUAAGUACUCGUUUGAUUGUUGCUCUUUUGCAGACUGAGUUGUUAUGGAUGUUGUCAGUCGGAAGCUGUUAAAGACGAGACAAACUUAUUUCAAAAAACUGAUGACAUUAUUAUCAGUUGUGCAUCUUCUGCUGCCCAAAUUGUGCAUAUGCAUUGUAUUUCUUUUGAAAAUCGUAUUCAUGUUAUGUAUACUUUAUGCUGAUUUGGUCGAACGUGGACAUCGAUCUGCCGCUAUGAAACAUCUGCCUUCUUCGGCAAAA